GCCGCUCCCGGCACAGCGCGCGCCGUCCCCUCAGCCGCCCCGGCCGGCGGGGCUGCGGCUGCUCCGGCUUCCUUAUCCCUCCUCCUCCUCCCUCCUCCUCGCCUUCCUCCUUCCUCCUCCUCCCCUCAGGAGCCGGCGGCGGGUGAGGAGAAGCGGGGGCCGCGGCCGGCAUGUGAAGCGGGGCAGCCCCCUCGCCGCCUCCUUGCCUCAGGCUCUUCCCCGGCUCUUGCUGGGGCCCCGCUCGCCAUGAAGAAGUUUUCCCGCAUGCCCAAGUCCGAGGGGAGCGGCGGCGGCGGCGGCGGGACGGCGUGCGGCGGCUCCGGCAGCGGCGUGGCCCUGGGCAGGGCGCUGGCGGUGGGGCGGUACCAGGUGACCCCCGAGGAGCCGCUGGCCGAAGGUGGCUUCUCGACGGUGUUCCUGGUCCGCACCCACAGUGGGAUACGCUGUGCACUGAAACGGAUGUGUGUGAACAAUGUGCCAGAUCUCAACAUAUGCAAGAGAGAAAUCACAAUUAUGAAAGAGUUAUCUGGGCACAAGAACAUUGUGACCUAUUUGGACUGUGCUAUCAACUCGAUAAGUGAUAAUGUCUGGGAGGUGCUCAUCCUCAUGGAAUACUGCCGAGCUGGACAAGUUGUGAACCAGAUGAACCAGCGUCUACAGACGGGUUUCACAGAGUCAGAAGUCAUGAGGAUAUUUUGUGACACCUGUGAAGCUGUUGCUCAGUUGCAUCAGUGCAAAACGCCCAUAGUUCACCGGGAUCUGAAGGUGGAAAAUCUACUGUUAAACGAUAGCGGGAACUACGUGCUCUGUGACUUCGGCAGUGCCACCAACAAAUACCUGCAUCCGCAGAAAGAUGGUGUUAAUAUGGUGGAAGAAGAAAUUAAAAAGUACACAACACUGUCAUACAGAGCUCCUGAAAUGAUCAAUCUGUAUGGAGGAAAGCCAAUUACUACCAAGGCAGAUAUCUGGGCACUUGGCUGCUUGCUGUAUAAACUCUGUUUCUUCUCCCUUCCCUUUGGAGAAAGCCAAGUUGCUAUUUGUGACGGCAGCUUUACCAUCCCGGACAGCUCACGGUACUCCCACAGCGUGCACUGUUUGAUCAGAUAUAUGCUUGAACCAGACCAAGAGAAGAGACCUGAUAUUUUUCAAGUGUCUUACUUUGCCUUUAAAAUUGCCAAAAAGGAUUGUCCUGUGUCUAAUAUUAAUAGUUCUCCUGUCCCUUCAACUCUCCCUGAACCCAUGACAGCUAGUGAGGCAGCUGCUAGAAAAAGCCAAAUAAAAGCAAGAUUAACAGAUACUGUUGGACCAACAGAAACCUCAAUUGCACCACGGCAAAGACCAAAGGCCAAUUCAAGCACUGCCACUUCCAGCGUGCUGGCAAUCCAGAGCUCAGCAACUCCUGUCAAAGUACAAGUUCCUGGGGAAUUUGGCAAUCGUGGGCAAAAAGGAACCACGCGCCCCGGGAACGGCCAAGAGCUCUCUCAGUGCCAAGGGACCACCCCGCACGGGCCGCAGCAGCACAGGGUCCUGCAGCAGCUGCAGCAGGGAGACUGGAGGCUGCAGCAGCUGCACCACCUGCACCACCAGCAGCACCAGCCCACCGUGCAGGACGCUUACAUUCAGCAGUAUCAGCAAGCAGUGCAUCAGCAGAUGGUCCAGCAGCAGCUGUUGCUGCAGUCUGUGUACCAGCAGCAGCCUGCCCAGUCGCAGUAUCCUGCCAUGGUGCAGUAUCAGCAGGCUCUCCUGCAGCAGCAGAUGCUGGCCCAGCAGCGGUCACAGCAGGCACAGUCCCCUGAAUACAUCACCUCUCCACAAGACUUUGCACCAGCCUUAAUCUCCUACCCCAGCUCACUCCCAGUGCAUGCUGGAACACUGGCAGAUCCUCCCCAUCCUACAAGCAGGUCAGGAAUUCCUGAUGCUGAAGCAAUUACUGGUUACCCAAAGCAGAGCAUCAGUAACCCGCCUGACAUGUCAGGCUGGAACCCAUUUGGAGAGGACAAUUUUUCCAAGUUGACAGAGGAGGAGCUCCUGGACAGAGAGUUUGACCUGCUGAGAUCAAACAGGCUGGUGGACAGGAGAGCAUCUUCAGAUAAGAAUGUGGAGCCACAUUCUGCUCCACAGAAAAGUCCUCCUGAAGAUCCCUUUGGUUCUGUUCCUUUCAUUGCUCACCAAGGUUCCCCUGGAAAACAAGUGGAUAACUCAGCCAGCAAUCAAGGAAAUAACCUAGGGACCCCAACCAAAGCUGGAAAACUGAGCCAUGCAUUUAGAGAUCCCCGGCCAGGGAGGAAAAGUGCAGAGGGACACGUGACAAAAGGUGGUGAGGAGUCAGAGAGUGAUUUUGAAUCUGAUCCUCCCUCUCCCAAGAGCAGCGAGGAAGAAGAAGAACAGGAGGAUGAAGAAGUCUUGCAAGGGGAGAACGGAGACUUCAAUGAUGACAAUGAUACAGAACCAGAGAAUUUAGGCCACCGCCCUCUCCUCAUGGACUCUGAGGAAGAGGUGGAGGAAGAGGAGGAAGAGAAGCAGAGCUCUGACUCUGAUUCUGACCGUACCAAGCAAAAAUCAGUGGAAGGGCUCCUGAGCAGUAGGUUCAGAGACGGUGUGGGCAGCAGUGAAAUCCAGGAACCCAGUUCAAUGCACACAUCCUCAUCUGAGGUGCCAAGCACUGUGAUCAACCCUGGCCAAGAAGUCGAUGUGUUUGGGGCUGUGCCUUUUUUCACCCUGCAGCCUCACACAAGAGAGAAGAUGGACAAAGAUGUUUCUUCUCAGACAGUUUUUCCCAGCCUGGCCCAGGACCAGGACGACUUUGAUGUUUUCACAAAAGCCCCCUUCAGCAAAAAGGUGCCCCAGCAAGACGGGCAGGUGUCGGGAACGGAGCCUCUGCUCUCCCCCACGUCUCCCCGGAGCGUGGAUAUCUUUGGCUGCACCCCGUUCCAGCCAUCCCUUCUCCCCAAGUCUGCUGGGAACAGAGAGGACCUGUUUGGGCUGGUUCCUUUUGAGGAGAUCACAGGGAGCCAGCAGCAGCAGAAGGUGAAGCAGCAGCGGAACCUGCAGAAACUGUCUUCCCGGCAGCGGCGCAUGAAGCAGGAGGUGUCCAAGAGCAACGGGAAGCGCCACCACGGCACCCCCACCACCACAAAGAAGGGGCUGAAGCCGAGCUACCGCACACCGGAGCGAGCCCGCCGACACAAGAAGGCGGGACGUAGGGACUCCCAGAGCAGCAACGAGUUCCUCACCAUCUCGGACUCCAAGGAGAACAUCAGCGUGGCCUUGACCGACAGCAAGGACCGAACCAACCCUCUGCAGACAGACGAGAGUCUGCUGGAUCCCUUCGGAGCGAAGCCCUUCCACCCGCCGGAGCUGCUGCGGCACCCCCAGCACCAGGGCUUUGGGGACAGCCGCGGGGACCUCGGCACGGUCGUCGUGGCCGGCAGGCCGAGGCAGAGCUCCCUGCACGGGGCCGUUCAUGGGGGGGACGGGCUCAAAACAGACGACUUUGGUGCGGUGCCCUUCACAGAGCUGGUCGUGCAGAGUGCACAGAGCCAGCAGCAGGCACUGGAGUUAGAUCCAUUUGGAGCAGCUCCGUUUCCUUCUAAACAGUAAAGGCUUCCGGUGGGUUCCCCCCAUCCUCUCCAAGUCCCUUAAUAAAGGUUUAGUGGAGUAACUUA